AUGCUUAAUAGCGCGGCCUUAAAACCCAGAGAUUGGAUUAAAGUCUCUGUAAAGCAUAGGGAGAAGUUUGAACGGCUUUUAGAAGUGCGGGAAAGUGAUCCUGAAUCGAUAACAACAGUAAAUGAUAAUGACGUUUGUUUCAAAAAAGAGUUCGCAAUAGGCAAUGGCAGUUAUGGCACCGAGGUGUAUAUUUGCUUGGGAUCUGACGGGGUAGAACGAGCGAUAAAACGUUUGCCCAAACUCAUGUGUAAGAAAUUCUUGAAGAAUGAGCGAGAUAUCUUGAAUUCUCCGAAUGCAGUCGACUCGCCACGAAUUGUAAAUUAUUGUUUCUACGAUGACACUUCCAACCCUGAUUUCGGUUAUUUGAUUCUGAACUUGUAUGAACAGAAUCUUGAAGAAUUUAUCAGGGAAGAAGGCGAAAGCUUGACAGAAUCCCGUGUUCGAAAAAUGAUACGCCAAGUGUUGGAAGGGUUGAAAGCAUUACAUGCCAGAGAGCCUAGAAUUCUGCACAGAGAUUUGAAGCCAACUAAUAUACUUGUUGAUGUGUAUG